GCGGCGGCAGGACUGACUGCGCCAAAGCGGCGGUAGCAACGCGAGUAGCUGGGAGCUCGCCAUGGCAGUGGCUGCGGCGGCCAUGGGGCCCUCGGCGCUGGGCCAGAGCGGGCCUGGUUCAAUGGCUCCCUGGUGCUCAGUGACCAGCGGCCCAACACGCUACGUCCUGGGAAUGCAGGAGCUGUUCCGCGGACACAGCAAGACGCGCGAGUUCCCUGCACACAGCGCCAAGGUGCACUCGGUGGCCUGGAGCUGCGACGGGCGUCGCCUGGCCUCAGGGUCUUUCGACAAGACGGCCAGCGUAUUUCUGCUGGAGAAGGACCGGUUGGUAAAAGAAAACAAUUAUCGGGGACAUGGGGAUAGUGUGGACCAGCUUUGUUGGCAUCCAAGUAAUCCUGACCUCUUUGUCACAGCAUCUGGAGACAAAACCAUUCGCAUCUGGGAUGUGAGGACUACAAAAUGCAUUGCCACUGUGAACACUAAAGGGGAGAACAUUAAUAUCUGCUGGAGUCCUGAUGGGCAGACCAUUGCUGUAGGCAACAAAGAUGAUGUGGUGACCUUUAUUGAUGCCAAGACACACCGUUCCAAAGCAGAGGAGCAGUUCAAGUUUGAAGUCAAUGAAAUCUCAUGGAAUAAUGACAACAACAUGUUCUUCCUGACAAAUGGCAAUGGUUGUAUCAACAUCCUCAGCUACCCAGAGCUGAAGCCUGUGCAGUCCAUCAAUGCCCAUCCUUCCAACUGCAUUUGUAUCAAGUUUGACCCCAUGGGGAAGUACUUUGCCACAGGAAGUGCAGAUGCUUUGGUCAGCCUCUGGGAUGUGGAUGAGUUGGUUUGUGUUCGGUGCUUUUCCAGGCUGGAUUGGCCUGUGAGGACCCUCAGUUUUAGCCACGAUGGAAAAAUGCUGGCAUCAGCCUCGGAAGAUCAUUUUAUUGACAUUGCUGAAGUAGAGACAGGAGACAAGCUAUGGGAGGUGCAGUGUGAGUCCCCGACUUUCACCGUGGCUUGGCACCCCAAAAGGCCUCUGCUGGCAUUUGCCUGUGAUGACAAAGAUGGCAAAUAUGACAGCAGUCGGGAAGCAGGAACUGUGAAGCUGUUUGGGCUUCCUAAUGACUCCUGAUGGGAGGCCCUCAGGGAGAUGAGACGCUGGCAGAGGCCUUCCUUUGUGUAUUAGUCUGGUCUCUUCUCUUGGAGUUGGUGGGCACCUCAAGCAUUUGUAAUUGGUAUAAAUUAUACAAGUCUGUCAGUCUGCCUAUUCCAGUUCCCUUCUUAUGUGAGCUCUUCCCGUUCUUUCUCCCCUUUGCAGGAGGGUUCUGCAUGAUAACACCCGCAUAGCUUGUCCUCUGGGGACCUCCUGUCUUCCCUGCUUUUGGGUGUAUGGUAGACUUUGUUGGGUUUGCUUCUGUUUGGACAGUACCUACCUUGGGGCGGGGUGAGUGAAGAAGGGUGAGAUGGGAUGGAGAUUUUUUUUAUAGUAAAAAGAAAUGUAUAUAAUUUUGAGAAUUGAGCAUUUAAUAAAACUGACUUUAAUUAUGGGACUUCUGAGACUUUAAAA